AUGUCAUCUUAUGCAUCCAAGAACACACGUGUCGGUAUCAUUGGUGCUGGUGUUGUCGGGCUUACCAGUGCCUUGUUGCUUGUUGAUGCUGGAUACGAUGUCAUUAUUGUAGCCCGUGAUCUCCCUGGCGAUGAAACAACUGACUGGGCAAGUCCUUGGGCCGGGGCUCUGCUUGCACCUCAUCCCGAUACAGGCUUUAAUGAGCUCCAGGAAUACUCAAUCCAAAAGUACUUCGAACUAGUGGGCCAGGAUCCUCGAAGUGGUAUCAAAAGAAUCCACAUCACUGAGCUUUACGAUGACCGUGGGGAUGAUUCAACCAUAUGGUACAAAUCAAUCUUCCCCGAUUUCACCUCCAUUCACUCCACCGACCUCCCAUCCGGAGCGACUAUCGGAUUUACUUACAGUGGAUUGGCCGUGGAUCCUAGUAUGUUCCUACCAUGGAUCACACAGACGUUGGUUAAACGAGGAGUGGGAUUUGUACGGAGAAACCUUGGAUCUUUGCAAGAAAUGAAGAGUCUGAGUCAGGCCAGUAUCGUGGUGAACGCAUCAGGAUUGGGGGCGCGUGAACUUGCUUCGGAUGAUAGCUCGAUAUCCAUUCGAGGGCAGACCAUGCUUCUCAAAAACCAACUCAACUUUGACCGCGCUGUUAUACGGCAAGGAUCCCAGUACACCUAUGUCAUUCCCAGGGCAAGUGGGGGAGUCAUCCUCGGCGGUGUUAGCCAACCCGGGAACUUUGCUGUUGACCCCGACAUGGCUCUACGAACGGACAUUCUCGACCGAGUCAAUAAUAUGACGGCGGGCGAAUUUGACUGGGUUGAUAUCGAAAGAGAUGUUUCCAAAAACAUUGUGGGGUUUAGACCGGCUCGAAAGGGUGGAAUUCGUGUUGAGCGAGAAGGCAAUGUCAUUCAUGCUUAUGGAGCUGGUGGUUUGGGCUAUGUCUACUCCUGGGGAAUGGCAAGUCGAGUUGUUAGCUUGAUUGAGAAUCACUAUAAACCCCAUAUAUAA